AUGGCCAACUACUAUGAAGUGCUGGGUGUACAAUCAAGCGCCUCCGCUGAGGACAUCAAGAAGGCCUACCGAAAGCUGGCUUUGCGUUGGCACCCCGACAAGAACCCGGACAACAAGGAGGAGGCUGAGAAGAAGUUCAAGCAGGUUUCUGAAGCCUACGAGGUCUUGUCAGACCCUAAGAAGCGUUCUGUGUACGACCGGGCAGGCUGUGAAGGCUGGAGAGCUGGUGGCGGUGCCAGUGUCCCCCACAGCAGUCCCUUCGGUGCUGGCUAUUCCUUCCGAAAUCCUGAGGAUAUCUUUAGAGAGUUCUUUGGGGGACUGGAUCCUUUCUCCUUCGAUUUCUGGGACACCCCAUUCAAUGACCGUGGCCGGUCCCAUGGUUUACGUGGGGCCUUUUUUUCAGGCUUGGGGGAGUUCCCAGGAUUCAUGGAGGCUUUCUCAUCCUUUGAUACCCUGGGCCACGGUGGGGGCAGCCGUACGACCUGUUCAUCCACUUCCUUCAGUAGCUCUGGUUCGGGCUGCUCAGGGUUCAAGUCAGUGAUGUCAUCCACUGAGAUGGUUAAUGGCCGCAAGGUGACCACCAAGCGCAUCAUUGACAAUGGCCAGGAACGUGUGGAGGUGGAAGAGGAUGGACAGCUCCGGUCAGUAACGGUCAACGGCAAAGAGAAGCUCAUGCGUGUGGACAGCAAGUGA